GGUAAUCCUUGGCCAACUGUUGUCUGUGAAGUUGCCCGAUCCCAAAGUCUUCCACAUAUACUCCAGAAGGUCAAUUCAUUCUGGUUGGCCCCAAAUCGGUCAGAGGAUGUGAUCAUGCUCAAACUGUGGUCAUGGAAUAACAGGAGAGAUACGAAUGGGCGUCCUUUGCGUCGCUUAACAUGCUAUAAGUUUUGUCGUCAUGCAAGCCUUCAAGCAGGGCAAACACAAGGAAAGUUCCAACCAGUUCAAAUGCUCAAAUUUGGAACCAUCGAUAGAUAUGAUAUACCGUAUAAUAGUUGCACAGCUCCAGGAAUGUGUAUAGUGACAAUCACACCAGCAUGUGUUUUUGAAGGCUGUAGCAAAGGCACGACUGAAUCUGUGACAGAUUACGCCGAUGAUAAUCAAUUAAUUGUCCGCCUGCACCCCUAG